UUAGACUCACACACUGCCAGUAGGAGUAGGUCACCGUCACUGAGCCCACUUCAGCGACUAAAGGGCGGCUUCUGACAGUGCGCAACGUCUGGACAUCUUCUCUUGGCAGACACAGCGGCCGCAGGGGAAUGGCUCCUUUCAGAGGACUUAUAAUUCUUUCUUUGGUGAACGUCGGAACAAACGGUGUCUUCUGACCGACUCACCGGAGCGCCCAGAAUAAAGUUUCUCAUGGUGCACUUUAUCCGGAGGCAGCAGAGCGCGCUACGGGGAUCAGAAAUGAAAGCAGAGCCGAAAGUUUCUUUCGUAUUUCCCUUUUUAAAGUAUUUCAGAUGGCUUGAUUUACGUGUCCUCUCUCGCUUCUGAUCCGCAGCUUCCACAGAUAACAGCGGCGGACUUUGGUUACCAUUACGCACAUUUUACGAUUGGAUAGUCGACUGAAGCUCCGAGACUUCGGGGAGCACAGCGGGACAACACCAUGACCAGCUGCUGGCUUGCCUUGGUCGGAUUGUGGUGGAGCGCUUAUUACUGCAUGUUCCAAGUCGCGGGGAGUAAUUAUUCACUGGAUGGAAACAACGACGUGCACCCGGGUUUCAUCCACCGGCGGCUGCGGACGCACGAGAAGAGGGAGAUGCAGAAGGAGAUCCUGUCCAUCCUCGGGCUGCCACACAGACCGAGACCGCAUCUGUCACAUGGAAAGUACAAUUCCGCUCCACUUUUUAUGUUGGACCUGUACAACACCAUUUCUACGGAGGAGAAGAGCCAAGUGGAAGGCAUGCUGGACAGAUACCAGUCCAUGCGCACGACCCAGAGUCCUCCUUUAGCCACGUUUCAAGAAACGGCCUUUUUAAACGACGCAGACAUGGUGAUGAGCUUUGUCAACCUGGUGGAGUACGACAGGGAGCUCUCUCCACACCGACGUCACCACAAAGAGUUUAAGUUCAACCUCUCUCAGAUCCCAGAGGGCGAGGCCAUCACUGCAGCAGAGUUUCGUCUCUACAAGGAGUGUGUGAGCAAUGCCUUCCGCAACGACACCUUCCUACUCAAAGUCUACCAGGUGGUCAAGGAGCACCCUGACAGAGAGGCAGACCUCUUCCUGUUGGAGUCUCGUAGGCUGUGGGCUGCCGAGGAAGGCUGGCUGGAGUUCGACAUCACUGCUACAAGUAACCUGUGGGUGAUGAGCCCUGUGCACAACCUGGGUCUGCAGGUCAGCGUGGAGACCAGCAGUGGGCAGAGCAUCAGCUCCAAGGAGGCGGGGCUUGUGGGGCGUGACGGCGCCCAGGAGAAACAGCCUUUUAUGGUGGCGUUCUUCAAAGUCAGUGAAGUGCACAUCCGCACCGCCCGCUCCACUGGAGGAAAGCGUCGCCAGCAGAACCGCAACCGAUCCACACAACCACAGGAGGGAUCCAGAUCCCCGGGCCCAGCAGAUUACAACAGCAGUGACCAGAAGACAGCGUGCCGGAGACAUGAGCUCUACGUCAGCUUCAGAGAGCUGGGGUGGCAGGAUUGGAUCAUCGCUCCUGAAGGCUACGCAGCCAACUACUGUGACGGAGAGUGCUCCUUCCCUCUGAACGCCCACAUGAACGCCACCAACCACGCCAUCGUACAGACACUGGUGCACCUGAUGAACCCUGAUAACGUGCCGAAGCCGUGCUGCGCUCCCACCAAGCUCCACGCCAUCUCAGUGCUCUACUUUGACGACAACUCCAAUGUUAUACUGAAGAAGUACAAGAACAUGGUGGUGCGGGCUUGCGGCUGCCACUGACACCAACACGCAGAGCUGACGGUGUGACUGAAAGCUGGGUCGGCACGGAGCUUCAACUGCAACAGUGACUCGAGAGAGAUGUUGACUCAACCAGACACAAACUUCCUGCCCAAAUCCUAAGCCAGUGAGGAACGUCCACGCACCAUGAACAUUAGCCUUCAUCAAACCAGGAGGAGCCAAAGCAAACAUCACACCACCUGUGUGUCCCUCAUUGGCAGGUUAUCUUCCACCUUCUUGAGUGGAGUUUUUAUUUCAUAGGUCUACAGCUGAGUGAAUGACUGUGUGUGGAGAGUGUUUUAGUUUGUAUAUUAUGUGCUUAUGGAAGUGUGUGUGUGUGUGCGUGUGUGUGCGUGUGUGCGUGUGUGCGUGUGUGUGUGUGUGUGUGUGUGUGUGUGUGUGUGUGAGCUGGACUCUGCCUCACCAAGUGCAGAACUGAGCUGUUGUGGGACCGGUCUGAGAGCUGCUUUCCUCCCUCCUCUCCUCUGACAAAGAAACAUGGUGGAUCAGUUCUCUGCAGAGCGUCCAAUCAGUACUGAUGACCUUCACAUAACUCUAAGGAUGACUCAGCAUUAACACAGUACUGAUAGCCUGACUGAAAAUGGUUUGAGUGAGUCUCAAAUGUUCACUCAGUCUAAGAGCAAAGACUGAAACAUUGGGCUUUGCAGUUUCAUAUUUCAUUCCUCUUCCUGGUGUAUUUUCUUCUCAAGCCAUAUUUGCCCUCCUAAAAUAUAAUACGGACAGAACCAAAGUGACCACAGGUUAUUUUAGUGCUGCUCCAAAUAUCCCCUCCAUGUCAAUAUUUGCUGGGCUCACGCUGAGCUGCGAUGGUUCAACAUGAUGCAUGUUGUGGCUAAACUGAUGUUUUUCUCCAAAGCAGUGAAGAAUACAGCCUUAUCCCUCCGACACACCGCUAAUGGCCCUUUCCAUGUUGCUGCUCGUGCAAAGUUAACAAACGCUUCCACCCCUGACAGCCCAUCAAGACAUCGAGGAAAAACAUCUGAGUCCAAAACAGCCGGCCGAGCACUUUCUGUGCCAGCGCUCUGAAAUUAGCUCUCUGCUUUUUCAAGGUGGAUGAAUCUGUGCUGAGAUUUGUGUCUUACAGAUUGAACAUGUUACUGUGAGCUUUGAAUGACAGGAGGAGUGUUUGUAGAGAAUAUAUUUUAAAACUAAUACCAACAAGAAUCAAAAUACCUUAUGUGCCUAACCAAUCAUAAAUUACAAAAUAUACCUCUGGUAAGCUGCUGUUUACAUUUGUGAUCAUGUUAAGACUGUUUUUUGUAAAUACUUGUACAUUCUCCGCUUAUUUAUUGCACCUUUUAUUAAAAAGUAAAACCACAUACCUUAUUAACAGAGACAAGAACAAAAUGAACACUUAUUUUUUGAAUUUUUUAUUAUGAAUUCUCAUGUUACAACUUUGCCCUUAUUCACUCUUUUUGUACAAAAAAGCAUGGGCAGUGCACAACCCAUGUCUCACGAGGAAGAAACAGGAAUAUAAUACUUCUGUCACUGGAGUUUUUUCGACCAUGUGCUAUUCAUAAAAGAUUUUACUGACAAAAAAGUGCUGCGUCCUCGUUUGU